AUGCUACCCCGGAAACUGGCAAUCAAUUCAGGAACACGAGGGCUUUGUAGUCCUCAAUGCUCGAGACCCCAGGCGCAUGCCAUCUACAAAUCCUCGAGUUCAUCCAGAGCCCUCGGCCAUCAUGCCACCUCAUCAGAUGUCGAUCGGAAAUCCCUCUCCACGUCUUUGUGCUCCUCGCGUCGUGCAAGCCAACCGUUCCAGCCGUUGAAACUAUCACGUCCCGGCUUUGUUCUACACAGAAACUCCUCACGACUAGCGCAAGCAGUUAUGCCGCGCCAGGGUACAGCAGCGGAGACAUAUGUGGCUUAUGGAAUGACACAGAAGCUCUUUGAGGCCUGUUCUAUGCAGGCGGAUUACAGUAUUCCUCAAGUAUCACAAAGGGGGGCUCAAGUACCCAAGACUGCAGCUGGUGAAGAUCUCGGUGUUGGAGCAGGGUGGUGGUACGAAGAUCUGGGCCUCCUUCCAACAUUCUCGUCCUGGUCGCAAGUCACCUUUCUCCACAUGUACCUCCUAACAGUCCGGUUGCGAGCUUUGCCAUCUCACGAGAGCUUCCAGACAUAUUCGAGGCACUUAAUCGAUCACUUUUCUCACAAUGCUGAACACAGAAUGGACGUUCUUCAUGGUUUGACCAGUCGUGCUAUUCGAAAUAAGUUUCUGAAAGAUCUGUUCAUCCAGUGGCGGGGUGUCCUCGCGGCCUAUGACGAGGGCCUUGUGAAAGGAGAUGCUGUCUUAGGGGCGGCAGUUUGGAGAAACCUUUGGAAAGCAAGCUACACAGAGUCAGAUGGGAGCGAGUUGGAUUGGGCGAAGGUUGCUCGUGUUGUCUCGUAUAUGCGACGAGUAACCUCGGAGCUUUCGCAGGUGACCGAAGCCGACUUGAUCUUCCAGCUAAAUCACCCGAGUAAAGGAAAGCCCGCCAUAUUUGGCAAAUCUGUCUCUGACGAAUCUAUGGUGGAUGCGAAACGAUAG